AAGCUGAUAUCCUGUCUCACCUGUCUGCAAAGAGCAGGUGAGCAUCGACCAAUCAGACGGCAGCUCUUAUGUGAAAUGUAACUGAACCUGUUGAGCAGAGAGAGAGAGGGCGGCCGAGUGGGAACUCCCUCAGAGAGAGAGAGGAAGCUGUGACACUGACACACACUGUCGUGGAGCAGCACAUACAUGUUGGUCAGAACACGCUGUGACAUCAUCGUGACAUCAUGAGUGGCCACACGGACAGGGGCCCUGUAGGGGCCUCAGACCCCCCCAACAUCAAGGAUAUGGAGCUGAGGGAGGAGUGGCAGGAUGACGGUUUCCCCAGGCCUCUCCCAGAGGAUUGUGGGAGUCUGGAAGCAGAUUGUCCGUCUGGAGUAGCCCCGUCCACCAGCCUAUCAGGUACGGCUGUGGGUGGGGCUAAGAAGCGCUUGGCGGCCCCGUCUCUCAGCCUGACUCUGAGCCGCAGAGAUUCUCAUGACCCCAGUACCGACGGCUUCUCGGCUGCCGCUCUGUCUGCGACGCCAGACGACACACCGUCACUGGACAUCAACCUGGAGGCGCUGGAGACGCCGUCGGGCAGUGAGACCGGAACUCUGCCGGACAGCGGCGAGCUGGAGUGGGAUGAUGACCUCUCCCAGAUGGGGAGGGGCGGGGCGGUGGGCGUGGUCAGAAGCCCAGUGGAGCAGUCGGAAGGUUUGAUGGGACUGGACCAGGUGGACACCAGGGGGCGCCGAUGGAGGAAGUUCUGUAUCUCCGGACAGGAAUAUCAGGUCGACAUGAGUGUCCUGGAGCCAUACCUGCAGGUCCUGUCCCACGGAGGUUACUAUGGAGACGGGAUGAACGCCAUCAUCCUGUUCACUUCCUGUUACCUGCCGGAGAACACGGUGGACGACUAUGAGUACGUCAUGGACAACUUGUUCAGGUACAUUGUGGGGACGUUGGACCUGAUGGUCUCAGAGAACUACCUGCUUGUGUACCUGUGUGCGAUGGCGCCGAGAAACAAACUUCCCUCCAUCAAGUGGCUUAAUCAGUGUUACACAUCCAUCGACAGAAGGCUGAAGAAGGAUCUAAAGGGGCUGCUGGUGGUUCAUCCUGCCUGGUACAUAAAGGCUCUGAUCACUGUGGUCAAACCGUUCAUCAGUGACAAGUUCAGCAGGAAGAUUCGUUUUGUUCAGAGUCUUCAGCAGCUGUCACAGCUCAUCCCCACAGAACGGCUCCAGAUCCCCGACGCCAUCCGCCUGUUUGAUGACAAACUGAACAGAUGAGAACCGACUAAGCUCGUUGGACCUGAUGGAAGCUAAAUGUCAGAGAUCGCUGUUUCCUGCGGACCUUUGACCCUCUGUGUAUUUGUACAGUGUCGUAUGGGGGGGUGGGGGUGUUUGUAAAUCAGUGACUGUAAAUAAAGUUGAUUUAAAUGUG